UUGUGUUUCGUUCGGUCGACCCUAUAUCUCGGCGGUAAAUGUGUCUCGUUGUUGCUGAUAGUCGCGUUAAACAUUGCUUUAUCUUAAAGUGGUGUAAUAUAGAUUGUGUUUAUUAAUAAAUAUACUAAUUAUGUGUAUUUCAUUUGUGUUUAUUAUUACUUUUUGUAACGUUAAAGCACAACAAAAUAAGUCGAAGGCAUCCUCAAAUACCAUGUGACCAAUUUUAACCAAUGAAAAUCGUUGAUUUCGAACUGGCUACAUCCUCCUUCAAGCUAGCAGGGUGAAUGUAAUGCUCUUUGCUAAUGUGAAUGGUUCAUCAGAUUAUCUGACGAAUGCUAUGGACCCAAAGAGCCAUCCGGCACUACCAGGGUACCAGCAAACCGUCCAAAGCGUCAAUUCAGGUUCGAACGACAACUUAAAUAUGACUUCAGAGCAGGGGUCAAUUGCAGCUAAUGCUGCAGAUAUCUAUGACUUCAAUCAUGAAGAUGGUAACAGUGGUAAUGAGCAGCCCCCUCCACCACCACCUAAACCUAAAGGUCGUCGCGGCCGAAAUACAAACCAACUUCAGUUUAUGUUAAAAACGGUUGUCAAGGCAGUAUGGAAGCAUCAGUUUGCUUGGCCUUUCCAUCAGCCUGUUGAUGCUGUCAAAAUGCAGUUACAUGAUUAUCAUAAAAUUAUUAAAACACCCAUGGAUCUUGGGACCAUUAAGAAAAGACUGGAAACCUAUUAUUAUAAUUCAGCAAAAGAAGCCAUGCAAGAUUUCAAUACAAUGUUUACAAAUUGUUACGUUUACAAUAAACCGGGUGAUGACAUAACAUUGAUGGCUCAGGAAUUGGAAAAAUUGUUUUUACAGAAGGUUGCUGAUAUGCCUCCAGAGGAAAUAGAAUUGCCUAUUGGUGGUAAAAAGGGGAGAGGCUCGAAGUCUGCAAAUAGAUCAAUGAGAAUGAAUUCAUCUGAUAAAUCUGUGCCGCCCAUUCCUAGGAGUACACCACCUCGUUCUGCUACUGCUCCUGCAUAUCAAUCACCUUCCAAAGCUGCUCAGAUUGCUGCUGCAAAUAUUGGUUCUGCAGCAUCCCAGCAAAGUUCUAAGUUGAAUAUGUCAACAACAGUACCAUUAGAAGAUAUUCAGCCAUUACCUGCUCAGGCUUUGCCACCAGCAGCUGUAUUGCCCUCUCAACCUGCAAAGAAAAAGAGCUUAAAAAGAAAAGCUGACACUACUACUCCUGGCACAUACAUUGGAUCUACUAAUAUGGCUCCAAUGCAGUAUGAUGCUCCUUAUGAACCUGUAAAAAUAGGUAGUAAAGGACAACCUAAUCGUAGGGAAAGUGUGAGACAAAUUAAAAAACCAAAACGUGAUCUUCCCGAUGAGCAGGGAAAUGUAAGUGAUGCAAGUGCUCAGCACAGUUUUAAAGGUAAAAAAGGUAAACUUACUGAGCAGAUGCGCUAUUGUAGUUCAAUAGUAAAGGAGCUGAUGACUAAAAAACAUCAGGCAUAUGCUUGGCCAUUUUUGAAACCUGUAGAUGCUAAAGGAUUAGGACUUCAUGAUUAUUAUGAAAUUAUUAAAAAGCCCAUGGAUCUGGGUACUGUUAAGAAAAAAAUGGAAGACAGGGAAUAUAGAAACGCUAGUGAGUUUGCAGAAGAUGUUCGCCAGAUAUUCCAAAAUUGUUACAGAUACAACCCACAAGAUAGUGAUGUAGCUAAAAUGGGAAGGAAACUUCAGGAAGUUUUUGAAUUAAAAUAUGCACGCAUGCCAGAAGAACCAUUACAAACUGAUCCUACGCCUCCAUCCUCUGUGGCAUCUGGUUUAACCAGAGUAGAUGAAGGCAGCGGGCUGUCUUCUAGCGAGGAAAGCUCUGAUGAUGACAGUGAGGAAGAAAGAGAAAGAAAACUUAAAGACUUACAAGAACAGCUUGCAAAAGUUCAAGAACAGUUGGCUUCUCUGACUAAAGAACAUGUACAAAGAUUAAAAGAAAAAAGUGAAAGAAAGUCCAAAAAGAAAAAGAAAAAAGAAAAGAUCAAGGAUGAAGUAAAAAAAGAAAUUAUGGACACUUUGAAUCCACCUCCACAAGUACCUGUGGCAUCUUUGCCACCCCCAGCUCUUAGUAAAGACACUCCAAAACCAAAGAAAAAAUCAAAGCAAAAAUCUCCGGCAGCUAAAAAGCCCAGAAGUAACAGCAUUAAUCGCCCGGGCUCUAAUCGUAAACGCUCUAAUGUUCUGCCACCUGGUCCUCCAAUUGUGCCACCGUUUGACAGUGAUGAUGAAGACAAUGCUAAGCCAAUGACUUAUGAUGAAAAACGACAGUUGAGUCUAGAUAUUAACAAGCUGCCAGGUGACAAACUAGGAAGAGUUGUUCAUAUUAUACAGUCCAGAGAGCCGUCCUUGAGAGAUUCAAAUCCUGAUGAAAUUGAAAUAGAUUUUGAAACUCUUAAACCAUCCACAUUGCGAGAGUUGGAGGAAUAUGUUAUGACGUGCUUGAAAAAGAAGCCAAGAAAAGCAUACACCAAAAAACCAUCUGGAAAGUCUAAGGAAGAAGUCCAGAGAGAAAAAAAGCUGGAACUAGAGAAAAGACUUGAAGGAGUGCAGCAGCAGUUAGGUCAGACAAAGAAAUCUAAGAAAGAUGAUGGUCCUCCUGGCAGUGACAUGCCUGUAUCAAGUCGUUUGAGUGCAAGCAGUAGUAGUACAUCAGGCAGUGAUUCUAGUAGUGACAGUAGCUCUUCCAGUUCCUCAGAAUCCUCAGAUUCUGAAUCAGAGUCGCCAAAGAAAAAGAAAGCUCCAUCUAAAAAAUCACAUCUGUCAAUGAAAUCUAGUCCACAACCGAGGAUACCUAUCCCAACCAACAACAACAAUAGAGAUAUGUCUCCACCUAUCAAUGUCACAUCUCCUGUGAUUACCAACGCAUUCCCUAAAGUUCAGCCAAUGUUUGCAACUGCUGCUCCAGUUCCUGCUUACAAUGCUCUGAGGAAUGAUUCUCUUCCUAUGUUGAAUUCUCUUGUUGGAGUUUCAGAUACCUCUAGUUCUCCAAAUAUGAACUAUUCUGCUAAUUCUAACACAUCUCCCAUAAGUUCAGGGGCAAAUUCUUUAAAUAGAACUAUAACUCAUUCAAUGCCUGCCCAACCUGCCAAACAACCUAUAUCAGUAGCAACGCCGAAGCCAACACCAAGACCCAGCAUUCCCAUGACUUCAACUCCGAUGCCUGGCAAUGUAGAUAGACCUUUUGCCGCUAUGACUGGUAUAGAAAGCACUCCAGCUGCUAGUUUGCCAGGUAGACGACCCUCAAAAGAAGGUCUCACUCCAAUUCAAUCAGAUCAAUCACAACAAGCAAGACCUCGAACAGGAAUGCCAGGAAAUGGCAUGCCUAGAAAAGAUAACCCAAUCAGAUUUUCAUUGAGUGAUGAAGAUUCAAGUCCCUGUCCUAGCCCACCAAAAGCUGCUCCUCCAGCACCACCUGGAGCUACUGUGUCUGCUAGUGGAGUGGGUGUAACAUAUGGUGUAGGUUCUAAUCAGCAGAAUAAUACUAUCAAAUCCAGUGAUGAAAACAAGACACCCACUUUGGCUACACCUCAGCAAGCUAUAGCUGGAAAGACUGAAAUUAAAAAUGCCCAGUCCUGGAACACUUUAGCAGCUAAUUGGCAGAGUAAGUCACAGCAUACUUUCCAACAGUUUAAAAAAAUGAGUGAAAUGAAAUCACAGAAAGAAGACUAUUUAAAAAAAGCUGAAGAACAGAAACAAAAAAUGGCCAAAGAAAGGCAAAGAGUGGAAGAAGAAAAGAAAAGAGAAAGAGAAGAAGAAGAAGGUAUUGAGGCUGCUAGAAAAAAGAAAUUAGAAGAGGAUAAAGCAGAAGAAGAAAAAAAGAAGCGUGAACGAAUGGAGCAGAUGAGAAAAGCAGCUCAGAUGAGGAGGGAGGCUACUGCCAACAGAAUUGACAUGAAUGCACAGAAUGAUCUCAUGGCAUCUUUUGAAGCAUCUUAUCAAAAUAGGGUGUAAAAUAAAUAGCACUCCUCAAGGUGUUGAAACAACAAUCAGGUGUUCAUUUGAACUGUUGUUUCUUACAGCAAUGAUAUGCAUAUGUUUUUGUUUAAACUUAAUAUUCUAUAUGUAACACCUUGGCUGCAGUGUUGGAAUCAAAAUGGUUGCCUUUCUCUUAAUUUUUUUUUAUACUAUCUCAAAAGUGACACACUUGUGAAGAAUCGGACAGAAAGUCCUGAAAAUGUUAAGUAAAUAUGUUCAAUUGAUUCCAUUCUAAUUUGUAUGUUGAAUAAGUGGAAGUUACAUCCGUUUUAGGGUGAUGUUGCUAUUAAGUGCUAGUUAAAAACAAAAGGUUACAUUUAUAGAAUGAAACUUAAAAAGUCAAUAAGAUAGCAAAACAGUUGAAAUGUAGUAGUUCAAAUGUACAGUCUAUACAAAGUAGCUGAGCUCUCCCUUCACAUAGAUGUUGUUUUCUUGAAAGACAAAUAGAGUUAAGCCUAUUGGUCAGGUCAGGAUCAUUUGUGUUCAUCUCCUUUGCUUGGACUAGCUGAAGUGUUAAGAGCUCUUUCCUCAUCUUUUUCCAGUCUCUUGUCACUCUCUUUAUCAUUUGCAUGGUUUUUUUUUUUUAACUUUUGUUGCCCUACAACUGGACAAGUUCUGCUGGCUUUGUUGCAAAGGACAUAUUACAGGACAAUCAUCUUUGUGCUUCAUCUAUAUAUAGUUCUAUUGUAGUCUUAAUUUUGUAUAACAUCUCUUUCCGCCCUUACUUGCUUGUUAGGAUACUUAUGAACUGUGUCCUUCUGCUCCAUUUAGUGUUUUCAUAGUAAGGUAAUUUUUGAAAAAAAAAAGAAUUUAAUAUAAACAAAGUAUUUCCUUGUACAGUUUGUGAUUUUGUUAGGUUGUGUUGAACAAAGCAAAUAGUUUGUUCUUUUUUUUUUUCAUGUACAUAUAUAAGUAGUCUUGAAGUGUUUUUAAAAAUAAAAUACAUGUUCAAGCUAUCCUUCCUUCUGACACCAUUACUGGUGGUGUGGUGGCCCUAAGUGAUACUUAGUGAAUAUCUUCAGGAGCUGAAUUCUCUGAGCUUUGUAAAACAUGUGUACUUGUUUAUGGUCAUGGUAUUUUUAUUUUGAUCUUCUUCAAAAUUGUGAGGUAUAUUGGACUGACAUUGUAGACAGUAAUGUCUGACAGGAUGGCAUAUAUACACUCUUAAGGCUUGUGUAUUUAUUAGUUGAACAAUACCUAAACAGCCUUCAAACAUAACAUUAAGUUGAUGUCAAAUGCAUUUUUUUCCCCCACUUUAUUUCUGUUGAGUUGCAGAUUUGUCACUUUUAUCAGUCAUGUUCCAUGAUAGACUAUAUAUUUUGUAGCCCAGAUACACACAUAGACAUGACUAGGUCUACAACUUUUCUCAGCUUCAACAUGUACAUUACUUGAUGCUUUUACUGUACAGAUAUUCUUUGACGAAUGCUGGUGAUUUGUGCUGUUCCAACUCAACAUGCCUAGUGAUAUCUGCUUUUUUUUUUUUUAUAGUAUUCUUCCAUUUUUUUUUUUUUUUAUAUUUUGUUGCUGAAAGGUACUACAAAAAAAUAAGUUUAAUUAUCUAACAGUUUUAUUCUAGAAUUUUACUUCUCUUUCAAAGUCGGCCCCUCUUAUUGAGCUUGGACAGUACACAUUUCAAUUUGGCCAUCUUAUUGUUGUGUCCAUAAAUUCCAUGUCCACACAAAAUGGUCUAUUGAAAGUAGUUCACUGAUACUGUACUGGUCACCAGGUCACUACUUUCUAUGUACAUAACUGGUUCAGAUAUGAAAGGUGGUAGUCAAAAGGCUAUGUAAUUCUUUAUUUGUAAUUUCUACCAAAUGGUGCUUAAAGAAGGGAGCUGGCACCACGUAAUGACUCAGUGCUUUUUUUUUUUUUUUUUUACAUUUUGUACAAGUGCAAAGUCCUUGGAUUCAAUGUAUAUUGUAUUGUACAUGUGGGUGUACCUCCAGAGAACAGUGUAUAUUAUAUAAGUGUGUUCAUUAAAUACAACCUGGAUGUUUAGUGAAACUGCUGUGCAGUGUGAAUGAAGAGUAAAUGCUAUGACUGCAUGCGUCAGAAAUUAAUGGUAGUUUAUUUUUGUUACAUUUUUUUUUCUGUGUACAGCUCAAUAAAUAUUGGGAUUUAACCCCAACACAGUGAUGAUAAA